CCUUAUAUAUACUUUUCCCAAAACCCUGGCCCCUCUAAUAACGCGCUGCAUUCUCUCUCACAAAACCUCCCUCGCCAUUCGCUCUCUCUCGUACAAAAUUCCUCAUGUUCUUCAAGCGAGGCUCCAUUUGCAAGUUUUCAUCUUUUUCAACGAGCUAAGAGAGCUUGGUUCCUUUGGAAGGAUUGCGGUGUCCCUAUUGGUAACCUUUAGAGCAAAAGGCCAUACAUCUCAAAGAGUAUUUGUUACUUCAAGUUUUCAAUACUCAUUUUGUUGUCAGUCAUGUCAUCCUUAAGGAAUGCUCUUCCGAGGCGGGUCCAUAAGGAGCGUGCUCAGCCACGACAUAGGGAAAAAUUUGGGAUCCUUGAGAAGCAUAAGGACUAUGUGAUAAGGGCACGACAAUACCAAAAGAAAGCAGAGACAAUACGGAAACUCAAGGAGAAAGCAGCAUUCAGGAACCCAGAUGAAUUCUACUUUAAGAUGAUCAAGUCAAAAACUGUGGAUGGAGUACAUAUACCUGCGAAUCAGGCCAACACAUUCAGCCAAGAGGAGUUAUUACUUAUGAAGACCCAGGACAUAGGAUAUGUUCUUCAAAAAGCUCAAAGCGAGAAGAAGAAAGUCGAUAGGCUAAGUUCUGUGUUGCAUUCUGUCAACAAUCCUUCAUCGAGCAACCAUGUUUACUUUGCUGAUGAUAGGGAUGAAGCUAAAGAAUUACAAGGACGGUUGUUGCAGAAGAGUGACCAAGGAGUGUCUGUAAGCUGGCCAAAACGUAUAAAGAAAAAAACAGCAGCAUCUUAUAAAGAGCUAGCAGCGAGGAAGAAGAGGGCAUAUGAUUUAGAGAAAAUGUACAUGGAGAUGGCUUACCAGAAGGAACUGAAGAAAAAAGGGCAGAAGCGCAGAGUCAAGGAUCAUGAGCUCGUUUCCCCUACUGACAGACCAGUGUACAAAUGGGAACGGGAACGCAAGCGGUGAAAGCUUGCUGAGACAUGAAGAUCACAUAAUUUAAACAGUUCACACAAGUGUAUUGGGCUUACUGAUUCAAAAUGGCAUGCCUUGCCUACAGCUGCAGAGAGUGAUUAGGGUUCAUCUAAGAUGGACAUCGACAUGGCUACCACUGGCCCUGAUUAAUGCUGAAUUAUGUGUAAUUUAAUGAGAAUUAUAGGGAGAAUAAAUUUUGAUGCAUUUAUUUUCACCCCCCCCAACCCCCCCCUCUGUCUCUUCUGAUAAGUUUGGUAAAUUAGAUUAGCUCUGUUGCCUCUGAUUACCUCAAUAUACUUAACACAAUUUUGUUCGAUCUGGGUGGUCCAUCCCAGCCAGUCUUUGCCAGUCUAGAUGUUUAUUACUAUUUGUCAAAAGUUAAUGCAUGGAUAGAGAGCCCAACUUUUUGCUUUGAAGAUAUUUAA